AUGCCUCGCCCUCGCCGAAGCCGUACAAAUGGCCAUGCGCGUCCCAACGGGCUUUGCAUCCACAUCAUCACCUACGGCAACUCACGCGGUCGCCCCCCAAUCCCCAUGCCCAAGCUCAUGCAUCUCGACUGUUCCGGUGCCCAAGCGCCACCAGACCAUCUCCAGCUCAAUCAUACAGGAGCCGACCGAGAAGUUUUCGACUACUUCUUUUCGAAUCCAGUACACGAAAGGAUUUUCCAGAAGGCCUUGGAUCACCUCGAGGUAAGGAUCCUAAACGGACCAUAUCAGCGAGGGGGUGUGCAGCAGUUGUGUUGA